UGCUGCAACCAAGAUUUUAUAAAAAGCAGAUUUUGUUCCGGGUUACAUUGACGAUGUGGUUCGUUGUGCCUCAUUAAACAGUUGCUAUAGAUUUACCGUAACAUUAAUGUUACUGGUUUUGUAGCUUCUUCAUGAUGAGUUACGCUGAAAAGCCUGAGGAUAUUUCAAAAGAUGAGUGGAUGGACAAACUGAACAACGUGCACAUCCAGCGAGCCGAUAUGAACCGACUGAUCAUGAACUACUUGGUCACAGAGGGUUUUAAAGAGGCUGCAGAGAAAUUCCGUAUGGAGUCAGGCAUUGAGCCAAGCGUGGAUCUCGACUCCUUGGAUGAACGGAUAAAGAUCCGUGAGAUGAUUUUAAAAGGUCAGAUCCAGGAAGCAAUUGCUCUCAUCAAUAGCCUUCAUCCGGAGCUCCUCGACACCAACCGCUACCUGUAUUUUCAUCUGCAGCAACAGCACCUUAUCGAGCUGAUCCGUCUGCGGGAGACGGAGGCGGCGCUAGAGUUUGCCCAGACCCAGCUGGCGGAGCAGGGGGAGGAGAGCCGCGAGUGCCUGACCGAGAUGGAGCGCACGCUGGCCCUGCUGGCCUUCGACAACCCAGAGGAGUCGCCCUUUGGAGACCUUCUCAAUAUGAUGCAGCGGCAGAAAGUAUGGAGUGAGGUAAACCAGGCGGUACUGGAUUAUGAAAACAGAGAAUCAACACCAAAACUGGCGAAGCUGCUGAAGUUACUGCUUUGGGCACAGAACGAACUGGAUCAAAAGAAAGUGAGAUACCCCAAAAUGACAGACCUGAGCAAGGGCACAAUUGAAGAUCCCAAGUAGAAUGAAAAACAAAAUGGACACCUACACUCAUUUCUCUUUUUAUUUAUGAACAGUCAUGGACUGGACUAUAUAUUAUAUAUUAUAAGACUGUAUGUAUAAAUAUAUACACUUUGUUGAUGCUUUUGAGAGAAUUUACAUAAUCCAAGGUACAAACUGUAUAUGGUUCUAUUUCAAAACUAAUUAUCACUACAGAAGUAAUACUAUAACAUAUACACAAAGUCUGAGGCUUUUUAAUUGUCACUACUGGGUUAACUUAACAGUAUUUACCACUGUUUUAUGUUUGAGCAUCAUGUUCAUUUUUACCGUUUUUAAACCACUGUUUUGCAUUGAGUGUGCAGGGGGAUCAUUUGUACAUACAGUGUGAGCUCUUAUGCCUAAAUUAGGCUUUGUAAUGGACGCCGAGGUAAAUUUACCUGUGUUUUUUUGUUAGGUCCAUUGCUUUAAGGAUUAUUUUGUAUUUCAAAGAAAAGACCAUAAGAUUCUUCAACUGUGAACUGGUGGGGUUGAGCAUUGCUUGGCUGUUCUUGUUUGUGUGAUACAGCUGAGCUGGACUGACUUCAUGUCUGACUUGAAAUUCACUUGAUGGAGUUUAUGGUCAGAUCUGUCAUUUAGACUUUCUGUCUCUAGUGGUACAUAAGAUUUUCUCUGCUUUUUUUUCUCUCAUCUCUGAAUAGGGAGGGUGCCCUUGUGUGAAUUUUUCAGUAUGCGGUUGUUUUUAAGUUAUCAGGAAGUACUGAAAGGUCAAUGCUUUCCAUACGCAGUCAUGUUGAUCCCAGUUUUUCUAGUCAUACAUGUGGUGAUUAAAUUUGUAUGUUUUCCUUAUUUACUAUGAACCGGUAAUGCCUUGUAAAUGCUUUGUAAUUUCUUUUUUUUUUCAUUUUUAAACCAGCUGCUAUGUCUUUUCUUUGUCAAAUUUGCUGCCAUUGCAUUGUAGGGGUUUGCUCAUGCAUACACACAAACCACAAAAGCAAAGUCCAUAUUUUGAAAAGUUUUUGAGAAGAUAUUUACAGAUAUAGGCUAAUAAAAUGAUGUAAACAAA